AUGUGCAAAGACUGGGGCGGAGAUGACAUUGGGUGCGGUCUAAGGGUGCUCCUGGAUCCUGCCCCGCCCACAGUGCCCCCGAGGGUCAGUGUUCUGCAUGAAGACCUCUUUGUUUCCAGUUCAGAUGAAGAGGAGGAAGAAGAGAACGAUUGGGGUGAGAGGGGGGCUCAGCCAUCACCAGGCCUGCGGGAGCUGGCAGGUCAAGAUUCUGAUUCUAGAACUGCCAACAGCUGUGCCCAGGGGCCAACCACUCUCUGUUCCCAAAGACCCCAUAGUGUUGUCCAGAAACCCAUGCAGAUGUUUGCAUUGGACAAGGAUACGUGUGCAAGCAAUUGGGCCAAGUCAACAGUCCAGCCACAGAGGACCCCAGGGGCCCGAGUGAAGUUACUAACAGUGUUUCCCUCUCUGAUCCUCAUGCAGGUGCUCCUGGAUGCUGCCCAGCCCACAGUGCCUGCAAGGCUCAGUGUCCUGCAUGAAGACCUCUUUGUUUCCAGUUCAGAUGAAGAGGAGGAAGAAGAGAAUGAUCUGUUCUGGGCGGCUAUGGCGGCAGCAGCUGGCGCUGCGGGAGGUCGAGGCUCCGGGCCAGGGCGGCGGCGCCAUCUUUUGCCCGGGGCCGGCAGGAAGCCUAAGGAGGGGGCCCCGGGCGUCGCGGGUGACUACCCGAACGAACUAGAGGCGCUGGAGCUGGAGCCUGAGGACUUGGUGCUAGAGCUCGAGCCGGAGGAGGAGCUGCCUCGGUCCCGCGCCCCACAGGGAGCCUCGGGCCCUGGGCCCGGCGCAGGAGCCCAAGGCAGUCAGGAGGACGAGGAAGAGCCAGGCCUGGUCGAGGGCGACCCGGGGCACGGCGCUAUAGAGGACCCGGAGCUGGAGGCCAUCAAAGCCCGAGUAAGGGAGAUGGAGGAAGAGGCAGAGAAAUUGAAGGAGCUUCAGAAGGAGGUGGAGAAACAGAAGAACAGGAGCCCACCGCCAGGCAAUGCUGGCCCCCGGAUCUUGUCCAUUGAGGAGAAGAUGGAGGCUGAUGCCCGGUCCAUCUAUGUGGGCAAUGUUGACUAUGGUGCCACAGCAGAAGAGCUGGAGGCACACUUCCAUGGUUGUGGUUCAGUUCAUCGAGUUACCAUCCUUUGUGACAAGUUCAGUGGCCAUCCUAAAGGGUUUGCAUAUAUAGAAUUUUCAGAUAAAGCUUCGGUGAGGACGUCAAUGGCCUUGGACGAUUCUCUUUUCAGAGGACGACAGAUCAAAGUGACACCAAAACGGACCAAUCGGCCGGGGAUCAGCACCACAGAUCGGGGUUUUCCGCGUGCCCGCUAUGGUCGUGCCAGAGCUACUAACUACCAUAGUUCAGGCUCUCGAUUCUAUAGUGGCUUCAACAGCAGACCCCGGGGCCGAGUCUACGGGGCCCGGGCUAGAGGGGAGUCAUGGUAUUCCCCUUACUAA